UAAUCCUCUGGUAUUCAUUUCCCUGAAAUGUCCCUGGACCUGCUCCUAGGCUUCCAGCUUAUACCAGGGCCUCAUGCCUGGGGUGUCUCUCUGUUACAUGCACCCAAAGCCCAAUGCCUUUCUUGCACGUGACCCGGACUUUCUCUCUUCUCUGUCCUUUCAACCUCCCCCAGCUUGGAUCCAACACAUCCCUUCCCAGUCCUCUGAAAUGAGCUGGUGUUUUCUGUUAGGUGAGGCCGCUGCCCAGGCUGGGAAAUCCAAGGGCUGGUCUCAUCUCUGUGAGUUAGACCCCAGUGAGAAUCUUGGCUGACCGGAAGGCUGGAGGCCAGAGGCUGGUACCACUGAGGUUCCCAGGCAGAGAGGGAAGUUUUGGCAGUGAUCUAGGGAGCAGGAUCAGGGGAAGAGGCACUGGGCUGACCAGUCAGAGGCCCAAGGGGGGAGAUCUGAGCUUCUCAGUUUGGGAUAGAGGGGUUAGGCAGAGACUAUGAUGUGUGCUACUUCAAAAUUACCUUUCUAGCCCUGGAGGGUAGGUCUCCUCCCUGUGUGUUCUAGCCAAGUAACUUGGUUACCCAUUCUUUGCUGCCUUCUUAGGCCAGUGGGAAACCUUAGGGCAGGUGUGCAUUGAUUGGGUAGAGGCCAUUCUGGAGCAGGCAGGGAAAGAGUUGGAGCGGUGCCAGCAGCAGGCGAACGAGGUGACGGAAAUCAUGCUUAACAACUUCGACAAGGUCCUGGAGCGUGAUGGGAAGCUGGCCGAACUGGAGCAGCGUUCAGACCAACUCCUGGAUAUGAGCUCAGCCUUCAGCAAGACUACAAAGACCCUGGCCCAGAAGAAGCGCUGGGAGAACAUCCGUUUCCGGAUCUUCUUGGGACUAUUGGGCGGUGGCCUGCUCAUCAUCCUGAUUGUGCUGUUGGUGGUCUUUCUCCCUCACAGCAGUGACAGCAGUAGUGCCCCACGGACCAAGGAUGCAGGCACUGCCUCAGGGCCUGGGGACUGACCCAGCUGGUCCUGAGAGAGAAGCCAAAUGGCUGCACUGGCUGGUUCUGGUCUCCAGAGAACCUUGAUGUUUGCUCUCCCCUGACCCACCCCAGUGAGUGCCAAAGGGCAGCCCCAACAUGUGCACCCCUGCAUUUCCUGUCAUGCCACAGACUGGCCCUUGAGGGCAACCUGCUGUACUGGCCAUGCUGGGCCAGCCCUACCUGGAGCUUAGUAAAAGCUGCUGUUUGAUUAAAAGCUGGUAUAUGUGUG